UACAAAUAAACGCAUCUCUUCUUUACAAAUCCUUUGCUUUCUCUCUCUAAAAAAAUUAGGGUUUCUGUGUUUCUCCCUCUUUUGUUUCUCUCUCUAAAGAAAUCUCAAAAACCCAAACACAAUGAUGCAACAGCCAGGAGCGGGAGCACCACCGCAACAAAUGGGUGGCCAACCGCCGCAACAGGCGCCGUCAAUGGCUGCGCAGCAAUACCAGCAGCCGUCACCGUACAUGAUGAUGAUGCAGCCUCCGCAGCCAACUAUGUGGGGCCACCACCAACAGCAGCCUGCCAUGGCUCCUGCGGCGGUUCCAUCUCAGCAACAGCCAACUCAGGGUCAACCGGCUACUGGUGAUGAACUCCGUACUCUUUGGAUCGGAGAUUUGCAGUACUGGAUGGAUGAGAAUUACAUUAGUAGCUGUUUUGCUCAAACCGGCGAGCUUACUUCCGUGAAAGUGAUUCGCAAUAAGCAAACGGGUCAAAUAGAAGGAUAUGGAUUUAUCGAGUUUAAUAGCCAUGGUUCUGCCGAGAGGAUAUUGCAGACUUACAAUGGUGCACGUAUGCCUAACAGUGAGCAGAAUUUUAGGAUGAAUUGGGCGUCUUUUAGUGGGGGUGAUAAGCGUGACGAUACAGCCGAUUUUACCAUUUUUGUUGGAGAUUUGGCUGCUGAUGUUUCAGAUUAUACACUACAAGAGACUUUUAGGGUGCAUUAUCCAUCAAUUAAGGGCGCUAAGGUUGUUAUUGAUAGGCUCACUGGACGUUCGAAGGGUUAUGGGUUUGUUCGAUUUGCUGAUGAAGGUGAGCAGUUACGUGCUAUGACUGAGAUGAAUGGUGCAUUUUGUUCAACUAGGCCAAUGAGAAUUGGACUAGCUACUAAUAAGAAGGUGGUCACUGACCAGCAGUAUUCUAAAGCUUCUUAUCCCAGUUCUCAAACUCCGAGUGAAAACGAGAACGACCCAAAUAACACAACUAUAUUUGUUGGUAAUUUGGACUCGAAUGUCACUGAUGACAAUUUGAGGGAUCUUUUUGGCCGUUUUGGGCCAUUAUUACAUGUGAAAAUACCUGCUGGGAAGCGAUGCGGAUUUGUUCAGUUUGCUGACAGGAAUGGUGCAGAGGAGGCAUUGCGAGGAUUAAAUGGAGUUUCGUUGAGUGGACAAAAUAUUCGGCUGUCAUGGGGACGCAGUCCUUCAAACAAACAGCCUCAGGCAGAAGCUAAUCAGUAUAAUGCUGGAUAUUAUGGAUAUACACAACAACCAGGAUAUGAGAAUUACGGCUAUGCCCCUGCUCCACAGGAUCCUAACAUGUACUAUGGAAAUUAUCCUGGGUAUGGGAAUUAUCAGCAGAACCAGCAACAGCAGCAACAACAGCAACAGCAGCAACAGCAGCAACAUCAGCAACAUCAGCAAGUGGGAUAUAGCUGAUAAGUUUUUGUCUAAGCAUGCCUUCAUUUUAUGUUACUAGUGAGACGAGAACAUGUGUUAGUUUCAUCUGUGCCUUUGAGGGUGAAAGGGAAUUCAGGCUUUUGCUGUUUUCUUGCUAAUAGUAUAUGCACUUUACAACUUAUGUUUUUGCGAGUUUCUGUUUGAUUACUAUUUUAAUGUGUUAAGUUUCUUGUUUUCAUAUAUUUAUAUUAUCCAACUUGGGUGUGAA